AUUUUGUAAACCAUUGUAAAGAUUUGAAGAGGAAGAAAUAUCGCAAUAAAAGCCAGAAAUAACGCCAAUUUUUUCAUCUAAAUUAAAGAAUAUAGAAGCCUGAAGAUAACCAUGAAUCCUUUAACAAACGUCAAAAACAUUCAGAAAAUGAAUGAAAGGAUGUUGGAGAUGGGUGUGGAGGACAGCCAGGCAUGGCACAAGCAGUACAAAGAUAGUGCUUACGUCUUCAUAGGUGGCCUACCUUUUGAUCUCACUGAGGGCGAUGUCCUGUGUGUGUUUUCACAGUAUGGGGAAAUUGUGAACAUAAAUCUGGUGAGAGACAAGAAAACUGGAAAAUCAAAAGGAUUUUGCUUUUUGUGUUAUGAAGACCAGCGAAGCACAAUAUUAGCUGUGGACAACUUCAAUGGAAUCAAGCUUGGUGGCAGAAUAAUCAGAGUGGAUCACUGCUCAAAUUAUCGAAGACCAUUAAGUGAUGAAAAGGAUGAACAUGGGAAAAGAAAGGAGAUUAUUGAGGAAGGCUGUGCCCCUAAAACACCUUCACCAUCACCACCAGCCUCAGAAGAUGAGGAGAUCCUUGAACUACCAAAGAAGAGAAAGAAAGAGAAAAAAGCAAAGAAAGACAAGAAACUCAAAGAAGAGAAAUUGCAAAAGAGAAAGAAAAUGUUGUCCAGCUUAGGGCAAAAGGAUCUUGAAGAACCUACCAGUAAAAAGAGAAGUGUGCUUGGGUCUGAUAACAAAAGGGAAGGGAAUGACAGAGAUCUGUCUCGUGACCGUGAUUUGCGGAAUGUGAAAGCUAGCGUGGUGCACGACAGUGGACGUGAUCAUGAUUUUAGAGACCAUCACACUAAUAAACAGGGUAGAGAUUCAAACAAACAUGUCCGCGAUGGGCACAUCAGUGAUCGUAAGCGUGAGCGAGAAAUUAAUGAAAGCGAUCGCGAAGCACGCAAUCGUGAACAAUAUAUUCGUGAGCGUGACCGUGAAGCACAUACUCACGAAUUCCGUGACAAUCACAUAACUAGUAACCGUAAGGAUCAAAGAGACAGAGACUAUCGUUACUCAUCGCGUGACAAUAGAGGGCAUGAGGUAGAUGAAAGAAAAAGAGACAGGUUCAACAGGCCAGGAGAUCAUCGAGAUGAAAGUAGGAAGUAUGAGAGACGGGACAGAAAUAACUUCAGUGAUCGAAGGGACAGAAGAUGACGGGUUUCAAACCAAAUUGUUCCCAGUUCCUUAAAAAACUUAGGUUUGAAAGCAAUACCAAACAAAAUUGUCACUUCAUGAUUUUAUUGUAAUAAAAUAUCCAUUUACAUUUGAUAAAGAAUUUUUUUGAUACCUGAAAAUCUUGUAAUUCAUGGUAACUCAAAGAGAUUAUAGCUUUAGAUUGUCAGUAGCUUGGAAUUUACCACACUGUAGAAAGGUUUUCCAAAUACACGACUGGCACAUGUAGAAAAAAUUGAGCCUCAACAUACUGUAUCUUUUUAUAACAUGCAAACUAUGGAAUUUUAUUUAUGUUUUAUAUUAUGCAAUAAACCGCUUUUUCAAUUGGUGACCCACACAGGAUGAUGGGAGAACAUGAGAAAAGUUUGAAAAAUCACGAGCCAGAGGUGAGUGAUUUACAACCUUUUUGUUGUUUUCCCAACAUCACGCAAAACCAAUAGGAUAAGCCAUCUAAUGCUUUUAUAAA